CUGGCGCCCAGAGCUGCUGAGGUGAAGGAGGAACAGAGCGUCGAGAGGAAGAGACACUCGAAAGACAAGAAAAAGAAGAAGAAAAAGUCCAAGAAGAGGAGGAGGAGCACCAGCAGCUCUUCCUCGACCGAUUCUGAUUAAGGAUGCGGAAGGUGAAGUUGGUGCGGGCGGCAGCCUUUGUGCUGGUGCUGUCGGCGGCGGCGCUGGUGCGGCACAACUGGGUGCUGCAGACCUUCUACAACGAGCACAUGCGUCCGGACGCCGCCGACGGGGACGAUGGCGCGCGGUGCAAACUGCCCGACUACGACCCUCUGGACGCGUCCAUCCGCGACUACGUGGUGCGGCCGUGGCCCAAAAUCGACUGCGCGUCCACGCAGCUGCCGCUGACGUACCUCGACGAGCGCAACCGGCUCGUCGUCAACCGCACCGCCGCCCAGAAGUACUGGGGACAGCUCGAGUGCACCGUCCAGGACGUCCGGAGGCCCCCUGGAGACGAUGACCACGUCAUUCUUGGCCCUAAAAAGGUGAUUACGGGUGAGGAGGGUCUUCAAUCCGAGUUCUGCAUCGUGCAGUGCGUGGAGCUGCCGACGCGCAGGGUGGUUUACGAGACGGGCUACGCGCAGGUGGUCGACGUCCCGCCGCAGCAGGCGAAGAAAAGCCAGCAAGCGGCCAAGGAGGGCCGGCUCAACGUCAUCGUGCUCGCUCUCGAGUCCAUGUCCCGGCUCAAUUUCAUGAGGCAACUGCCGCUCAGCCACGAGUACAUCACAAACGAACUGCAGGGGGUCGUCAUGAAAGGUCUCACAAAGGUGGGUGACAACACCUAUGCGAACAUGGUGCCGUUCCUGAGCGGCCUGGCUGCCGGCUACGCGGAGUUGAGUCCUCGUUUCGGCGACGGAAACACUCCGGCGGGCUACUCGGACGAGCUGCCCGCCACCUGGCGCAACUUCUCCGCGGCUGGCCACGUGACCAUGUUCGCCGAGGACGACGCCGCCAUCACCAUCUUCAACUACAUGGCCAAGGGCUUCAAGGAGCCGCCGACGCACUACUACAUGCGACCCUUCUGGCUCGCCAUGGACCAGCAGGCGCACUGGGCCUGGGACAGCAGGUGCUACGGACACAUCCCCAAGUUCCGCUUCCUCUUUGACUACAUGGAGCGCUUCCUCGGCAAGAUGCACGCAGAGAACCGGGCUCACUUCAGCUUCACCUUUCUCAGCCACCUCAGCCACGAAGCCAUCAACCCCAUCCAGGUGAUCGACUCGGACCUGAAGGGCCUGUUACAGCGUCUGAAGGGGAGUGGCGUGCUGGACAACUCGCUGCUGCUGGUGAUGGGCGAUCACGGCAACCGUUUCGACUCGAUCCGCAACACAGUCAUUGGCAGGAUCGAGGAGCGAAUGCCGUACCUGGCCGUGGUGGUUCCUUCCGCCCUCGACCACUUCCGGCCCAGCUUGAAGGCCAAUGCUGAGGUGCUCACCAGCUGGCACGAUGGCUACGAGACCGUCAUGGACGUUGCCAUGCUAAACCUCGGGCCCAAGUCCAAAAAGCUCCGUUUCGGACACAAAGGUCUGUCCCUGUUCCGUCCGAUCCCGGCGGACAGGUCGUGCUUCGACAUCGGCAUCCCGAGCGUGUACUGCGUGUGCUGGAAGGAGCAGGAACUGCCCACGGAGGUGGCGGCGGGGCUGGCCGCGCGUCUGCUCGAGCACCUGAACGCCUUCAUCCACGCCACGGACCCUGAGGGCCGUUGCGCGGCCCUUCUUCUCGACGCGGUGACGGACGCGCAGAAGCUGCUGCCGGCCACCGGCGUCGCACACUACCGCGACUUCGCCGUCCACUUCAGGGUGACGGUCAGGGUGCGGCCGUCGGGCGCCCUGCUGGAGGGCACCCUGCGCCAGGACGCGUGGUCGCCUCCGCAGGUCGUCGGCGACGUCAACAGGAUCAACAGGUAUGGCAACCAGUCGGCGUGCGUCGCUCACAAGCGGCUCAAGCUCUACUGCUUCUGUGAUACUUAGCCGCCCCUCCCCUCCACCUUCGACGCCCUCCCCUCAUUUGAGAAAAUACGGACUUGGUUACCGAAAUGUGUAUAGCUAGGUUUCCUGAGCAAUAAUUUAUUUGAAAGCUUCCAAGAAUUAAUUUGCCAAUCAGGAUUGUGCUUGUUAUUAAGUCAGACAUCUUGAAAAUAUCAAUUAGGUUAAGGAAUCCGAUUCGAUACCGCCAUAUUGCUUCAAUGUGACAAGCCUAGAUCGGGAGAUACGCUGAGUGUCUUUUUCCACGCUCCCUAACAGUUAUUGCAACGUCAGGAUAGGAAUUACCCUCGCCCCGCCCACUUUUAUAUCCCUCCGCAUCGUA